CAGGAUCCCGACUUCACUUCCCAGCUCUCUUUGCCUUGAGACGCCCACUCUCGUCUCCUGGGACUUCCUGCUGAGCGCCAAAGCCUGCUAAGGACUUCCUUCUGGUUGCAGAUCCUUUCUGGGACUUCCUCCUCCUCCUCCGAGAUGAAGGCGCGGGUCUUGAGGCUUCUGGUGGCAGUUGGAGCUGUCCUGGUCUCUGCUGCGGGGGCGUCUGCGAUCGCCGGCCAUCACAGCCGCAAUGGAACCAGCCAUAAGGAGCCAAAGGACUUGCACAAGCAGCCAAAAUUAGUUCCUAACUGCGGGAAUAACCUGGUUAGCACUGGCGAUAUAACCUUACAGCCCGGAGAAAGCAUCAACAUUGCCUCUCCUAACUUCCCUGCUCCGUACGCGAGCAACUUGGAGAUGAUAUGGAGAAUCACGGCUCCUUCUUCUGACUAUCUGAAUAUCAACUGCGACAUCCAAGGAAUCAAGGGAAGGCGGAACUGCAAGAGAGGAGACAAGCUUAUUAUCAAGGAUGGAUGUUCGAGGGAAAGGAUAUGCUCCAGAACACCUACGGUAGAAAACAUAGAUACCUGUGCAACUAUGGCCAAUAUAAUUUUCCGGACGAACGCCUUAGGGUCUCUAGAUGGUUUCUGCUGCACAGUAACAGCUAUCAAAAUAGGAACAGCCACUGAAAGUACUACAGAAGACACCGUCACUACAGAUGGAAACACUCAAACUGACGCACCAAAUACUUGCCCAUGCGGCGUGCCUAACAGAAGCACAAGGAUUGUGGGCGGUGUGGUGACAGAGAUGAACGAGUACCCUUGGCUGGUCGGUCUGUCCCAAACUGGUGAUAAUGUGAAUCAUCCCUUCUGUGGCGGAUCUGUCUACAACGAUGAGUGGGUGGUGACAGCAGCCCAUUGUGUUGAUGGCAGUAGCCCUUCUAGCGUGGAGAUCCUCUACAACAUGUGGGACUGGACGUCUUCCACUGCGACGCAGAUCGUCAAAAGGUCCGUUGCCGAAAUCAUCAUGCAUCCCCAGUACGACAGCACCACGAUUGACAACGACAUCGCCCUCAUUCGUGUCUCCUCGCCCGUGAACCUCGACUUGCUUGGAAUCAUGCCCGUAUGCCUCCCAUCUCCCACGGACAGUUUUGAAAACCAAGACGGAACUGUCACUGGUUGGGGAACUUUGUCAUCUGGUGGUAGCCAGCCGAAUAAGAAUUACGAGGUCACGGUGCCCAUCAGAACAGACAGCGAAUGCAUCGGUUCUUAUGGAAGUGAAUUCACAGUCGAUAACAUGAUCUGUGCUGGUUUUCCCUCGGGAGGCUCCGACUCCUGCCAGGGCGACAGUGGCGGUCCCCUCACAGUCGACGUUAAUGGCCAGCACUAUCUCGCUGGCAUAGUGAGCUGGGGAUACGGAUGCGCUUCAGCUGGCUACUACGGCGUUUACACCAACGUUCCCAAUUAUAUGAACUUCAUCCAGAAUAAUGCUAAUACUGGGAACUUCUGCUAAGAGGAGCUGCCAGAAUCCAGAUCGAUCUUCAACAGAUGACGACUCAUGCCAACGAGAAGCCAAUCCAAACAUGCUGAUGACUCUGAACACUGAAACUGAUCAACGAAAGCCGGGGAUCGAAGUACCUUGACCCAAGUCCGGGAUUCUCGCCAUUUUGACCAGGCUUAUGCUGUGUCUCAGAAAAGUAAACGCUGGAAACUCAUCCCAACCUUCCUUGCCCUACGAUUCGCCAAGUCCCCCUUUUUUAUUCUAAUCACCUGAUCUAACAGUUGUGAUUUCAUAUAUUUAAAGUUUCGAAUCAGAGGACUCGGGUGAGUUGCCAGUUUUUGCUCUCUUGAUAGUGGACAGAGUUUUGUCACGUUUCACAGGAGACAAGAAGAAGCCAGACUGAAAAGAGUUAUUUGCCCAGUUCCUCCUAAUUUUGCGCGAGUAGUGAUAAUCUAUAGGUUAUGAUCAUCUUAUCAGCUUCUUAAGUCUUCCACUGCCGUUAUAACACCACUCUGAAAACGUUUUGAAGCCUGCUAAGACGUACGAAAACUAUGGGAGUUUCAAUGGGCGACCUGAGUUCCUGGGCUAAGGCAGGGUAGUAGACCGCGGCCUUAAGAAACUAUUACGGAGAACAACGGCUUUGUUUUGAAUGACUUCUGUGCCUUUGUUUGCUGCAAAUAAAAACCAUAUUAUAA